AUGGUGAGGAGGAUCCUGGAGCAGAUGACGAAGAGCUGUUUCCGCCAGGUGGAGGGCUACAUCCCGAGGGGGGGCGAUGUCCACAUCCAGGAGAUGACAGUGGCGGACGCCAGGGAAAAGGCGAUUGACCUCCCACAUUGCCUCGGCUUCACGUUCCGUGGGGAGGAGACUGCAGGGCCCGUGAAGGUGUUCUUCAAGAUGAAAUCCAUCGUCAAAGGAACCGGUUGGACAUCGUUCGUCAUAGACCGUCAGAAUGUCAGGCAUGAGGGCAUGGUCCGUGAGGUCACGGGCCUCGAGAGGACCAUGGAUAUCCAGGCGUGGUGGCGUAUUUUGAUGUUGUCAACUCAGGAGGGCGAUAAGAUGAAGGAGUCUAUCCGGGAGCAGCUCAGCGAGUCCGCGAUCACCGACCAGAGUUUUCUCGUGGCCAUCCUGGUGAUGCUUAAAGUCUGGCCUGCAUCCAUUCCGCCGGUCAUGGAUGCCAUCCGCGCGCGUCUGCAGGGCAGGAGGAGUGUGGCCGGAGAGGCCCAGCUUGUGAAGCUAUUGGCCAAGCAUAGCGCUCGGCACGACACGGCCGCCAUCGCAGUGUUCUGCGCCUGCCUGAGCAGCGACAAGGUCGACACGCUAACCGUGGCGGCCAAGGCCCUCAUCCAGCACGCUCCGCACGGCCACGUGCAGGUGAUCGAGGCCCUCGUCUCGUGCGCGAAGAGGCUCGGGCACCGCGUGCACGGACUGAUCGCGCGGGCGCUCGGCCACAUCGCGCCGCGAGGCCACGCGGAGGCCAUCGCGGCUCUGGAGUCCUGCUCCGCGGGCGGGGCUGAGCUCCAGACGCCCGCCGCGAGCCGAAGGCAGGCGGAGCUCCAGGCGCAGCUGGAGCAGAGCCUCGGCCGCCUGAGGCCGCGGCCAGAGCAGCAGCGGCCGGCCCCGCCCAGCGGCCCACGGCGCACCAGCGACGAGGGGCCGCCGAUCCUCCCGCUGCCCGACGAGCCCGCGUGCGCCCGCGGAGUGGCGGCGUCGCAGGGCCGCCAGGGCCCGCCAGGGCACGCCUCCGCCGACGGGGCGCGGGCGGCGCCGGCGGGGGAGCGGCCGCAGAAGCAGCCGUGGCGGCCGCGGUUUCUGCGGCCGCAGCAGCCGCAGCUUGGGCAGCAGCAGCACCACGAGCCGAUGCCGCUGCCCCAGCAGCAGCAGCAGCAGCAGCAGCAGCAGCAGCAGCAGCAGCACGAGCAGCUCCAGCAGUGGCCUCGAUGGCCAGGGCAGCAGCAGCCGCAGUGGCAGCCGCAGGAGUGGGCCCAGGGGCAGCAGCUCGCUCCAGAGGCGCACCCGAGCGGACCUGCAGGGUACGUGCUGUGCCUCAUGCCUGUCGUGACCAACCGCGACGGGCAACCCGAGUUCUCCACGCAAUCAGUUCUGCAGCAGUAG